AGGAGGGGCUCGGUGGGAGGCCUCACGUGCACCCUCGCGGUGGGCUCGGCGGCCGCGGGCACGAGAAGGAAGGCCGAGUGUCCCUUUCCCGAAGGUCCCGCCUCGGCGUCCCUGCUGGGCGUCUGUUAUUGUUGCCGCCCUUCCGGUUCUGUCUGCUCUGCUUUAAGCCUUCCCGAGCGAGGCCACAGCCGGAGGCCUUGCAGGCUGUGCCUUUUAACCUCGUGCGAAGACGGAGACCCUUGGACUGUAGGACUGUGGCCCAGAGUCUUUGGGACAGUUAGAGGCAGGGGCCGGGACUCCAAGUCUUGCAGAGCAGGCGUUUGUCCCCCUUGUCCGCACCUCCACAGGAUUGUCUAUCUUCGCGUCUCCACUGUCCCCCUUCGGUUUCGGGACAUAGAAGAGCCAGGCUGGCACCCAGCCCUGAAGACAUCCUGCAGCCCAGGGGCUGGUGAUACCUGCUGUGGGGAGCUGGACUAUUCGCCCGGGAUGGUAGAGACUGUGCUGCGGCAGCUCAACCUGGAGCUCCUGAGGCAGCUGUGGGUCGGGCAGGAUGCCGUGCGGCGGUCGGUGGCCAAGGCAUCCUCAGAGUCAAGCCUGGAUUCCAGUAUCAGCUCUAACUCAGAGACGCCAUCAUACCAAGAGACUUGCUCAACCUCCUCGAGAACCUACUGCCCACGAGACCCGCUGGAUGCCUUCCAAACUGACCCCCGUGAUAUGACCAGGCCUGGCCUAUCCAGGGCAGCAUCUCUCCCACCGGCUAAGUCCCAACACCAGCAGUACCUGGGCCGACCAAGGCCCCACUCAGCACCCUUGCCAACCACCUCAGACUUGAAUGACCCAGAGCCUGUGGCAGGGCUGAAUGAUCUGGGGCUCCAGAAAGCACAGGUCCUGAGGUCCCUCGAGGCUCGACAAAGCAAGCCAUCCAAGCCCAGAGUGACCUUCUGCGAGGAGCAGUCUGAGGAGGAGUCUGCAGUGCCAGAAAAGAGCUGGCGCCUCAGGCCGUACCUGGGCUACGACUGGAUUGCAGGGUCCCUGGAUAACACCUCCCCUGUGAGCAGCAAGCCUGAUGCCUUCUUCUCAAAGCUGCAGAAAUUCCGGGAGUCCAACGAGGAGGAGUGUGUUUACAGCCGCCCCCGGUCCCAGUUGCUAGGCCUGCAUGAGGGCACUGUUGUGGAGGACGACCACGAAUGUGUGUACUGUUACCGUGUCAACCGGCGCCUGUUUCUGGUCCCUGUGGAUCCUGGCACUCCCUGUCGCCUGUGCAGGACAUCAAGGGACCAGCAGGGCCCCAAGACCCUGAAGGAGCCAGCCCAGGUCAGGGUGAGCAUCCCACUGUCCAUCCUGGACCCCCCUCACCGGUACCGUGUCCACCGGCGGAAGAGCUUUGACGCCUCUGACACUCUGGCCCUACCUCGGGUGCACCAUCACCAGGAGGGUCUCCUGCCCCGUAGCACCCACACUGCAACCCCGCUGCUGCCCUGCUGUACGGAUGAGCAGACCGAGGCAGGGGGAGCUGCCUCAGUGGAAGGACAGGGCGUGAACCCAGGUGUACAUGCGUCUGUAGUGCCUUACAGAUGUCCUUUUCCAUGUCCCUGGGUAGGAUGGGAGGCAGUGGUGAGCCACUCACCGCAGCUGGGUGAUGGGAGAAGUGAGAGAGAGGAAAGGCAGUUUGCCGCUGUGUGAGACAGGUGGAAGGGUACCGAGGCCAGGGCUGCAGGGGCGAGGCGGGCAGGGAAGUAGUGCACACACAGGAAGCUCCAUUAAUGCCGUUGUCCUGCUCUCCCCCAUCUCUGCUCUCGGGCCAAGGAUAGAGGGCUGCAGGGUAAUCUAAUGGGCAGACACAGGCCUCACCUGGGGGAGCCUCAGUCUGGGGGAGAGGCUGCAACUGAUCCGGGGUUACUUCCAUCCUGAUGGCUCACAGACCCUCCUUGGUCCUUAGGGGGACCUGCCCCAGGCUGCUAGCCCCUUU